CCGGUUAAAAGUUGCAUUGCGCGCGCACUAAUUGAACGUGAUCAGCUUUUGACAACAUUGUUGGACAAUUCUUCCGAGCCAUCUCGUGCCUGUGACGGCGGAAUGAUCGGGCCGAUCCGCGAAAACUUUACUGAUGCAGUGGGCUUGACAUGCCGUCAAACGACGUGAUACUUUUGGGGUACCGACCACGCAGCGACAUACAAGCAUCGGCGAAUAUACGACGGGCAGUUAGUGAAGAUUGUCUUCUCGAAUCCCGAGGAGACGGUGGAAGACCUGGUUUUUCAAUGCUUAAAUUAAGUAAGACAAGGAUUUCUGUUGGAGACAGUGUCACUGUGUAUUGGGAUAUCAGAGAGCAGUGUGGAGCUAAUGACUGGAUCGGUCUCUUUGAUUUAGAUGGCCCCACAUCACUGUCAAACUAUUUGGACUCUAAGCAAAGAGGAGUAACUGGAGCCAAGAGAGGAGCUAUAAAAUGGGCCAUAAACAGAGAUGUAACACUUGGAGAAGUGGAAAACAAGUGCAUUUUCAAGUACAUACAAGGCAGCACUAGCUCAGUGAAGGCCAUCAGUCCUACAAUUUAUAUUUUCAACCCUUAUGCUGCACUUGCUUCACCUCAUGGCAGGCCACGCCUUGGGUCUUUAGUACCAGAAGAGACCCUCUUGGAAUUUUCUAUUGCAGGUUUACAGGCAAAUGGCCUGAAGAAAAACAUCUUUGGUAGGCCCAGCCCAUAUGUCAAGCUGUCAAUCAUGCCGUCAAGAAGACAUCUCAGGUCAUGGAAACAACAUCACGGACAGAUUGCCAAGACAUCAUCAGAAACAAACACCAUUAGUCCAAGAUGGACUAACGAGGAGUUUGUAUUCUUGGGUGGUGCAGACGACCUGUUGGAAGUCGAAGUAAGGAAUAAGUUUUCUGGGACGCGGCCUGCCUUUAGCCGCUUCUUGGGGAAACUAACUGUUCCUCUGGUGGAUCUUUUUGAAUGCCAAAGAAAUAGGCCAGAAGAGGUCACUAAAUCACUUGGUAGAAGGACACCUGCAGACAGAGUACAGGGCACAAUUACACUCACCAUCACUAUUAUUGAACCAUCUAAUAAUUCAGAUGCUGUUUCUGCCGAACAGGAAAAUGUUCCACCAAACGCAGCCUCUAACGGUGAAUCCAAUGGAAGCCUUCAGCAAAAUAACUUAAGAUGCACGUUAUCAAACCCAUCUCUCACGUCGUCCGCACCUAACAUUCUACAGCCUCUUACUUUGAACUCCAGCAAUGGUCUGCUGGAGACUAUCUUCCCCGUGGACCAAGUAGCAUCUCCUGUUUCUCCUCGGGGUGCUGUUGAACAGGAGAAUAACUUUGGUGAUGCUGCUCGAAGGAGAUUGGCACUACAGUCGAGACCAUUCUCCGAGAUGUACGCUGAGGAGUUUGUUCCCUUAGAUGAUAGUGACGUCACAAGAAGCCCUCAAGGAACAACCAGUGAGGGUGCUUCUAGUGGGAGUGACUUGGCGGAGGCAGAAACUCUAGAUGCCAACAGGGCCUCUGGUGGCUUAGGAAAUUCUGAUGAAGUGGUAUCUCCGGAUGAUACGAUUGAUCAAGGUCAAGUUUCUCGUGAUGGACUAGAUGACGUGGAUGCUGCGUCAGGCCAGGAGGGUGCAACAGAACUAACCUCACUAGAGAGUAGUCAAGGUGUGGAGCACCAGCCUAUGGAAAUCCCAGAAGAAGGUAAUGAAGCCAACACAUCUGAGGUGGAGAUGGCUUUCUCUGCUGCAGGACAAAGACCCAGUAUUGGAGGUAGUAUCGGAAGUAUUGAGUUGACAGACGACUCGCCACUGAGGAUCUUGGAAGAGAGUGAGAGAGUUCGCGAGGAGAGUAUCGCUCUUUCAACUGAAAAUCUUCUACAAGAUGCAACUAUUGAAUCAGAUGACGAACUUGAACAAAUGGAUACUACCGACGAGACUGUUGUUAUUGGAACAGAACAGGACAGUUCACAUAAUUCAGACUUUUCUAUGGAAGAUGUGUUGACAAGUGGGAACACAACAGAGUCAGCUUUGAUUGAAAAUAGCUCUGUAGAAAAUCAAAUGGCUGUUCGAGAAACUGAUUUGCUAGAAGAUGCCAAUAGUGUUCUCACACAUCAGGAGAUAGAUGAUCACGUAUUGUCACCACCGCAGGACAUUGAAGGGUCCAGCGCAUCAUCACGUGUGGCUGAGUGCUCGCCCGGCCCUUCAGUAGCCGCGGUGUUGAAUGAAGCAGAGUCAGCUGCUUCUGAAGAAAACCUUCAGCUGCAGACAGAAGGCUCCGAUAUCAACCGCGAAUCAACAUCUUCACCUUUGAGGCAACGGGAUCGUAGCCAAAGGGACGUGCCCAUGUCUCUUCUCGAGUACGUAGAAGAAAUAUUUUCAAAUGAAGCCGAAGAAGAGAGUAAUGACAGUGCAAUGAUAAUUGAGACUGCUGGGGAAAGUAGGCAAAUUAGCCCGUCACUGACCUCUUCGGCUUCCGAGUCAACUCGGCCAUCUGUUGAGGACACGGUAUCUUCCGGUUCAGAGUCUUCUACCUCGGCGAUAUCGUCAGUAACCCUUCCGGUGGAGGCUUCCGAACCUGUGUGCUUGAAUGCCACCUCACUAGAGUCUGCGUCAGCUUCGGAAAUGUUAGUGGAUUCACCCCCAGAGGUGCUGAUGCUCAACAAUGAAGGAUCUGACAGGGAUAGCGCUGUCCCACAAAGGCCCCCUCGGAGUAAGAGACUGUCGCGAUCCAGUAGCGAUCCAAGAAGUGCGCACUCAAGACAGGUUGCAGAGAGGGCACGCCUCGCUGCAAGAGCCAACCAAGGAGAGAAUUCUCUGAGGCCUUCUCGACCGUCAUUGGUUCGACGAGUCACAGAGCCAACUGCACUUUCAAGUGUGGUUGUUAAUACUGAAUUUGAGCAGACAAACACAAGUGUAUUGUCACUAUCUAAUACAACAACAGUAGUCACUCCAGUGUUAGAAGCGACCUCAGGUGUCGAGGUAUCUCCCAGUGUGUCACCCCCAGUCGUAGUGGCGGUGCCAUUAUCUCUACCUCCAUUGCGCAGUUCGUCGUCCUCUUCAAACAACGGAACCUCCCCUGUCGUUGUAGCAGAUGUUGUUGCUGAAACCCCAGCUUUGGUUACUCCGUUACCGUCUCCAGAUUCAGUCUUGGAGGGAAAUACGGCGACCACUGUUGUUGCAGUUAGUUCUAACACAAGAGAUGGAGUGGAAUCUUCAACAUCUAGAGAGUUAUCAAGCGAGCGCGUCCUCUCUUUAAUGAACGAAAGCAGGCAGCCUUCAUCUGCUCCAUCAACAUUACAAAGGGGCAGCGUUUCUGCUGUUGCCUCCAUAUUGCCUGAUGAACCACAAGCUCAUCGCAGAACGAAUUCAUCCUCGGUAGUUUACGCAACACCAGUUACAGAGCAAAGUAGAAAUUUGCCUAGUGAGUCUAGCGCAAGCUUUCCCAGGCAGAGUAGUUCGGCAAGAGUCACACCACUGUCAGGAAAUCGAAGACGCAGCAGCGGUAGUGGAGCCACCGCUAGUGCCUCAUCAAACUCAGAACAGCCCAGGUCUCGUGCAACUGAGAGAGUGAAUCCUGAGACCACUGUUAGUGCCAUGUCUUCACUUGAGUCCAGUAGCAGAUCUACCAGUGCUGUAAGUCAGUCCAGGGAAACCAUACAAUCCAUUCUCGCAGUUUAUAUUGCUAAUUCAGCGCAGAUUUCACAGGGGAGACCACCUGCUGUAAGCCAACCUGCGGCAUCCACAUCUUCUGUUACAGACGUAGACUUGGGUGAGAGGCCGACGCAAGCCAAUCGUCACAGCAGUAAUCGCCGAAGCUCUGGCAGGAGACAACAAGGAAAUUCGGUGCAUGUGUCCAUACAGGACCAACAGCAAACAAGGGAGCAGCAGGGUCGGACUGGGCAGCAAGCCCCUGAUGAGGAGGAACCUCUUCCUUCAAAUUGGGAGAGAGGUGUGGAUUCUCAUGGAAGAGUUUAUUACAUUGACCACGUUAACAGAACAACUACUUGGAACAGACCACGUAGAAGCCACCUGCAACGCCGUCCCCUUCGUCACCAAUGCCUUCUUCCUCGACAGAAUCACCUUCCUCCACGCCGCCCUCUUCGUCUGCUCGCUCCUCCACCCCUUUACCGUCGACCUCAUCCACUCCAAAUUCGACACUGUCUACUUCCACGCCGUCGACGUCUUCUGCGCCGUCCAGUUCGUCGGCGUCUUCUAGAAGCACUAAUUAUGUUCAAAUUCCUGCGGUGAAGUUCCUCACGAGACAUGAUUUGAUAGACUUUCUCAAGAGUAAAGGACUUGCAGGCCAUUAUUAUUUCCAGAGCCAGAUGUUAAAGCUAAUAGUUUCAAAGAUCAGAAGCGAACCAAGUCAGUUUGAAAGAUAUCGUCACCAAGUGGAGCUUGUCAGGUUUUUGAAUCAGUUUGCUGAUCCUCAGAUGGAUAUGCCUCCCGGCUGGGAUAAAAAAGUCGAUCAGGCUGGACGGCUUUAUUUUAUUGACCACAAUUCACGGACUACAACUUUUAUUGAUCCGCGACUUCCCGUGGAAGAAACCCUGCCCAGGAGAAACCGCUCUGAAACUGAGCCUCGACGCGCACGCGUUCCUCCGCCCAGGCCUCCGCCACCAACAGCGCCAGCACGACAAAGCAGCCUUUCAACGCCAAUGACUUACAACCAACAAGUUGUUGCAUUCUUGUCCCAACCAAACAUCGAUGAUAUUCUCAAAACCAAGUACCAGGGAUAUGCUAGAAGCCCCACUCUAAAAGCUAAUGUAAGAAAAGUACAGUCUGAGGGAGAGAGGGCCUUGACACGACUUUCCAACAAUCUCGACUUCAUAAUGCUGCUUAGUGUGAUGGAAGAGAGCAUUGUCGCAUAUGUCCCCCCAGAUGUCGAACAAACAUCUGAACCUACCCCCCAGCCUUCGUCUUCGCGUCACGUGCCUAGUCAGGCCACUCUCGGAACUCGGUCAAGAGCCAACACGGACAGUUCACUAAAAGGAGCAAUCAGUGAUUCCACUGCCAGUUCCAGUCCCGCUCCGUACAAACGUGACUUUGAGGCUAAAGUUCGCUCGUUUCAUCGUCAGCUCUACCACAAGGGUUUUGGACAAGGACCCAAUAAAGUCAAAUUAAGUAUACGAAGGGACCAUAUUUUAGAGGACGCUUAUGAUCAAAUCAUGAAAGAGCCUGCCAGAGCGCUCCAUAGGAACCGCUUGGAGAUCCAGUUCGCUGGAGAGGAAGGCUUGGAUUAUGGUGGACCAGCGAGGGAAUUCUUUUUUCUUUUGUCCCGUCAAGUAUUUAACCCAUAUUAUGGUCUGUUUGAGUACUCUGCCAACGACACGUACACUGUUCAAGUUAGCCCAGUAUCACAAUAUGUGGACAACUCGCACGAAUGGUACCGUUUCUGUGGGCGAAUUAUUGCUCUUGUCAUCAUACAUCAGCACCUGUUGGAUGCAUUUUUCACCAGACCCUUUUACAAGGCCUUGCUGAGAAGCCCGUGUGAUCUCAGUGACGUCGAAGCGAUGGACUCGCUCUUCCAUCAGAGCAUGACAUGGGUGAUGGAGAAUGAUAUCAGUGGAGCUCUGGAUUUGUCGUUCACUGUCAGUGAGGAGAUUUUUGGGCAGGUAACCGAACGAGAACUUGUUCCAGAUGGUAAGAACAUUGAAGUGACAGAAAGCAAUAAACACGAAUACGUGGAGCAGAUGGUCAGGUGGCGGGUGGAACGUGGAGUUGCGGAACAAACAGAAAGCAUCGUGAACGGAUUUAAUGAGGUGUUGGAUGCUAACUUGGUCAAUCUCUUCGAUGCGCGGGAACUGGAACUAGUUAUCUCAGGGACGGCUGAUAUCGACAUUGAAGACUGGAGAAAGAACACUGAAUAUCGCUCAGGUUACCAUGGUAAUCACAAGGUAGUAAAAUGGUUCUGGAAGGUGGUUCGAUCUUUUGAUAAUGAACAGAGGUUAAGGCUCUUACAGUUUGUAACAGGUACCUCUAGUAUCCCCUACGAGGGUUUUGCUGCUCUGAGAGGUAGCACAGGACCAAGGAAGUUUUGCAUUGAGAGAUGGGGAGAUUAUACAAAACUACCAAGGGCUCAUACCUGUUUUAACCGGUUGGAUCUCCCACUGUAUCGAACGUAUGAAGAACUCCAUGAGAAGCUCACUUUCGCUGUAGAGGAAUCGGAAACCUUUUCAAUGCAGUGAUCUGUCAGUCAAACUUGUUUUAAGACAAAAAGUCUGAUUGGACAUGUUAAAACUGGCAAGUCGUAGCGACAACUCCCCAUGUGUAUCAUGUUGAAUGUUUGUGAAAAGCUUUAUUCCUGCUGUGGUGAGAAAAUUGUCCCGGAAAUAAGUUACACAAAAUCCAAAUUGGUCUGAAAAUGAUUCUCAACGUCUGGCUACAGAAGCAUUUUACGCAAAGUGAAUUGUCGCCUUAUGACUGUCGAGAAAUGAACGACGCUCUUUAAGUGAUGAUAGAAAAUAUAGAACAAAUUCUGUUCUCACAGCAAGUUAGAGCACUGUCGUCGGGGAGGGUAGAAAGAGGACUUAGGGGGCAAAAUUCAUCUUUGCGUCAAUUUACGACGGAGAAUUUUUUAAUGGUAGUUGGGCUCCAAUUUCCAGUGUAUUAGAGACUCCAAAGAGAAACAGGCGAAAAUUCGUACAUGAAUUUACAAAAUUUUGGUUAAAUUUGUAUGUUAGGGUAAAUUUGCUUGUAUUGGUGAAUUACUGUUCUUCCUAAAUUUUUUCCCCGGUUUUCUAUGAUCAUUUUUGCUUGCUUUUGCACAGAGACAGGGAUGAAAAAGAACACAUAAAGGGAAAAAACAAGUAGAGUUUUAAGGACAAUUUCUUGCUUUCGAGGGAGGAACGUGACUCAACAUGAUGGGAUAUAAAAUUUAGACAUUUAAUGGCUCUUCUCUAAAAGAAAAAAAAUGCUGAAAAGCCUUACUUUGGUCGUCAUCUUGUGUCCAUUUUCGCUCAUACGCAUAGCGAAGUGCUACUGAUUUGCAAAUUUCCAAAUGUACUAAAAGAGAUGACACUUAAAGUUAGAAGAUUAAAAGAGUAGAAAGAAUUGAGAAUUGAAUUUUUCUACGCGAGGUGGUAUUGAUUAAUACUUAUCCAAUAGUCUUAGUGAUAUUAUGGAAGCUUUUAAUCCCGUAAUGUUACGUGGAAAAUUAGGGAGUGACUCCAAAAUAUAUUAAUACUCCUGCGUGUAGGAAGUACUUUGUGUAAGCCUGGCUAUUCAAAGAGCCAUUUCCGGCCUAGCUCGCAUCUUUCUUCUUGCGCAGCUUAUGAUCGGCGUUUAUCGAUCGGAUUAUUCGCUAUUUAUGGCGACAAAAUUUCCUCACCGGUUGUGGCCGCCUUACCAAGGGGAUUAAGCUACCAGAGCUUAUCACUUUAUUAGACAACAUUCUUGCAAUAUUUUUGUUUUGUGAAUUCAGAUCUGGCGAGUGCUCAUAUCUGCAUUGAUGAGAAGGGUAACGAGUAUAUUUGUGUUUUGAAGGCGGAAGGGGCGGGGAAAAGCGGGCUUGGAGGAAUAGUAUUAAUUCGAUAAUUAUUAUUCACGGGUUAAUGCUAAAAAUUGUUUUUGUGCAGGAAUUAUCUAAUGAUACUUCGAAAUAUGUUCUUUCGUAUGACCAGACGUUUUAACCGUAGGUUUGUUGUGUCGCCCCAAUAAUUGUGUUAGUUUGGGCCACGACAAUUUGAAUGACAAAAAAGAAAAUUGGAAAAGGAAAAGUUUACUUGAGUUGCGCAUGUAGACAUAUGAUAAUUCGAAAAAGAUUUUCAAAAUUGUGAAUUGCUGAAUUAACUGUAAUGCAAAGAUAAAUUAUCAAAGCUGAUGCAGAUAUAGAAUAUUCCCCCUCUUUACGAGGAAUGCAUAGAUCGUGUGAGUCACGCAACAAGAAGAGGUUUAAGUGACGACGAUGUUUCUAAUUGAGUUCUGAUGUGAUAUUUGUGAAGUAGGCCUUCAGCCUAAUAGGGUAUUUAUUAUUAUUUUUUACACUUCCAAAGUUUCCGUUUGCAGCCUAAUUUGUAUGUAUGAGGCAAUUGAAAAAUAGUGCUUGUUUUAUUGUGCAGUUUUAUAAUAAAAGUUCCUAGCUUUCAUAGUG